CCCACUUCCUCCCCCUUGACAUCUCCACACACACUUUGCCCCUCCUGCCGCCACUCCUCCCUCUCAAAGAGCUCGAGGAGCCGGGCUAAAGUUGGAGAAGCUGCAGACUGACACAGGAGCUGACAAGAAGGUUGCCAGGCAGAUUUGGACUCUGUGUGUAUAAGCCAUGGAAGUGGAGCAUUUAAGCGGCGAAGGGGUCAAACCCGAGCGGGGCCACAAUCGUCGCUACAGGACAGCGUUUAUAAUAUGUGCAUUGCUCUGUGGGGCUCUGAUUCUCGCGCUCAUACUGGUUUCCCAAAGAAGCAAGCAUCAGGAGUUCUGUUUGACUCCAGAAUGCAUUGAAGCAGCGGGAUCUAUUCUAAGUAAAAUGGAUCAGACGGUCGAUCCCUGCGAAGAUUUCUACACCUUCUCUUGUGGCGGCUGGCUGAAGGACAACCCCAUCCCUGAGGACUCGUCGGCGUACGGGAUCUACCCAUGGCUGAGGCAGCAUGUUGACAUGCGGCUCAAAGAGUUACUUGAAGCACCGACUGACACAAAUGAGCUGGAGGCCGUGACCAAGGCCAAGGUCCUCUACCGGUCGUGCAUGAACGAGUGUGAGUACAACACUAACGCAUGA